AUGUACCACAAAGAGAGCUCCCUUGAAGGAGUGGUGAUCCGGUUUGAUGAUGCUUUAGAUUCCUGCAUUAUUGGUGACCACCCAAAAAUACAAAUCAAGAACUCUACUUUCUGUAUGAGUGCCUAUCCAAACUUGACUAUGGUUAACUUCACCAGCGAGGGAAACAAAACUUUUGUCAGUGGAAGUGAAGAAUACUUCAAGUACUUUGUAUUGAAGAUUUCAGCAGGGAUUGAAUAUCCUGGUGAGAUUAGAUGGCCCUUGGCACUGUCUCUUUUCCUAGCUUGGGUGAUUGUAUAUGCCUCCCUUGCUAAAGGAAUCAAGUCAUCGGGAAAAGUGGUGUACUUCACAGCUACGUUCCCCUAUGUAGUUCUUAUCAUUCUUCUUAUCAGAGGAGUAACUCUACCUGGAGCUGGAGCUGGAAUCUGGUACUUCAUCACACCAAAGUGGGAGAAGCUAAUUGAUGCUAUGGUUUGGAAGGAUGCUGCCACUCAGAUUUUCUUCUCCUUAUCUGCAGCAUGGGGAGGUCUAAUUACUCUCUCUUCUUACAACAAAUUCCAUAAUAAUUGCUACAGGGACACACUGAUAGUCACAUGUACCAACAGUGCCACAAGUAUAUUUGCAGGCUUUGUGAUCUUCUCAGUUAUCGGCUUCAUGGCAAAUGAGCUCAAAGUGAAUAUUGAAGCUGUGGCAGACCAAGGUCCUGGAAUUGCUUUCGUGGUUUACCCAGAAGCCUUAACUAGGCUUCCCCUCUCUCCCUUCUGGGCUAUAAUAUUCUUUUUAAUGCUUCUGACACUUGGAUUGGACACUAUGUUUGCCACUAUUGAGACUAUAGUGACCUCUGUUUCGGAUGAGUUCCCCAAAUACUUACGUACGCACAAGGCACUGUUCACUCUUGGGUGCUGCAUCUCCUUUUUCAUCAUGGGAUUUCCUAUGAUCACUCAGUUUACAGGAUUGCAAAGGUUCUGCGAAGAUAUAGAAAUGAUGAUUGGAUUCCAGCCGAGUAAAUUCUGGAGAGUCUGUUGGGCGUUUGUGACCCCAACUAUUUUAACAUUUAUCCUUUGCUUCAGUUUUUACCAGUGGGAACCGAUGACUUACGGAGCUUACCACUACCCGGGCUGGUCCAUGGUGCUUGGAUGGCUGAUGCUGGCCUGCUCAGUUAUCUGGAUCCCAGUUAUGUUUGUGAUAAAAAUGCAUCUAGCCCCAGGCAAAUUUAUUGAGCGACUCAAGUUGGUGUGCUCUCCACAGCCUGACUGGGGUCCAUUUUUGGCCAAGCACCGCGGUGAACGUUACAUGAAUAUGAUCGAUCCACUGGGAACCUCUUCCCUGGGACUUAAACUGCCAGUGAAGGAUAUAGAACUGGGGACCCAAUGUUAAUAAUUAUUACAUGGGUGGCAAUAACAUCGCCAGCCUUUCCUGAUAUUUUUUUUCCAUUUUGUUUCCCCACUGUUUCUUCUUUUCUUUUCUGCAGUGCCUGGAAGCGGUUGCUUAGGGAAGUAGGACUUACUGCUGCAUGCCAUAGGGAAGACCUAGCUAGACCACUUCCAGGCCUAGGUGAUGCCCAUGACGUGUUCUGUACCUGGUGAAAUAGCAAAAGCAUAUUGUGCAACAGGCGACAUACCGAGUUUUGUCGGGUGGUGCAAGAAUGAACGAAACACAGUGGAAAAAUCUUUUAAGGAAAUGAAGUGCAGAAUUUGACCCAUUUCCCACAAGCAUCCUUGUAACAGGCAGUUGUGAUGGGACUAGGAUUUUGUUACUGGUGUAAUCAAAGGGAAGUUCAGCCCUCAGAUUGGAUGGAAGUGAGCAAAGGAGAGGAUCUCCUGUAGUCCUGGUAUAAAUCCAGCAUAAGGCUCUUGCAGUUAGCGAGGUCACUUUGUCUACACUGACAGCAGAGCUUGCCCUGUUGUGUCUGUGCACUUUUUCUAUGAGUAUGAAUUAUACUAUGAGGACUUGUUAUCUAAACGAGCAGAGACCCUUUAAACAGCACACCAGGAAGCGAUAUGUGAGAUCAGAACAGAAACACAAUAAUCCAUUUGAUCUUUUCAAGUAGAAAAAAAAAUUAAAGCAAGAUUUAAAGAACUAAUCAUUUGAGACUGGGACUAAACUGCAUUUGAGUCUAGAAGUAGUUUGUGGAAAUGGUGCCAGACUGAGGUGUAUGGGCAUCACUGUUUAAAGCGCUGUCAUGUUUCUUUUGAUAGCUUGAUUUCUGUAAUUUAAAUUAAAAAUGCUUCAGUUAUAGGAAGUGUCUGAAACCUCGCUCCACACGGAGUGCAACUGUGGUUUUACUCACUUCACUCCAAUACUCUGAACAUACUUUUCCUUGUUUCUCUGCUUUUGUUUACAGUAUCUCCUCGAGAAGCCAUCAUAUAAUUUGUGCCUAACUUUGUAUUCUUACAGUGGUAAGUGUAGUCUAGUUACCACCUGACAACAGUUAUUAGAAGUUAGAUGUGCUGUUCAACUUUGUGACUCCCUGUUCAUUCUCCUAUAAAUACCUUUAUAUAACCUUUAGAUGUAUUCUUCUCUUUCAACCAAUGGGGAAAUAGCAAAGCCCCACUUGUCUAUAUAUUUUAUAUAUAGCACACAAAUUCUUCAAAGCGAUAUUUUCUCUGAAAUGUACAUAGGGUUGGCUUGGGUUGGUUUUUUUUUUUGGUUUUUUUUUUUUUGCAUUUAAAAGAUUUUCAUUACAUAAAAAACCCCAAACCCCACAACAAUUAACCACUGCAGUCACCCACAUGGAUGCAACAGUAGAUAUGCAAAAUGCGAGGGCUGGGGGGAGAUGGCUGUUCUAACAUUGCAUAGCAAUAGGACGUUCUAAAUCAUUAUGUUUAGGAAUCAGAUAUAUGUGGUAAUAUGAAUAUUAGAGUUCAAUAGUUUUGUUACCUAUUGGGCAGAGUAAAAGUAGAGCUUUUUAAGAGUACAUUUAUUUACCUGAGUAGAAAAUUAGCCCGAUUUAUUAUAAAUGCACUAGAAUGAGGGAGAAAAAUAUAUCUUCAAUAAUUGGCAAAACUGUAACCUUUACUAUCUUGUUAUAUCCUAUACAUACAUAUAUGAUAUUUUUUAACAGUGAUCAGUGUUCAUGUAGUGUGUACUAGUGAUGUUUUAUGUCCCUAUAAAUAUCUUAUCAAUCAGUGUAGAGAUGGUGAGCUUAGAGUAGUUUAGCCGUUUUUUUCCCUCCCCACACACACUACUGUAGUAGUCAGUAAAUGUUCUUUCCUUUCAGGGGACUGUUUCUAUCCCGUUCUUUUGUCUGUCUGUCUUCAUAUUACAGGGUCUCAGGUAAAUCUUCAGUUAAUGUGUGUCUGUAGAUCAGUAGAUGUGUUGUUUCAUCCCGUUGAAGAAAACAAAACAAAAACUGAACCUUACUGUAACACUUCCACAAAUUGUUAACUUACUUUCUCUCUGUGUGUGUAUAUAUAUAUGUAUAUUAAAUAUAUUAAUCAUUUUGCUGAACUUCCUCUUUCACGGGGCAAUUAGUGUUGCCAGUUCUAGGCACUGCUGGAGAACUUUAAUCCUCAUGCAGGACAAGCAAAGCGCCAUCGGGGGUUGUCACUGAGCAGAGCGAGGGCAGAUUUUGCGACGUUUUGUGGUGGCCUCUGAGUCUCCACUCCACAGGCUCUGUCGGUCCCUGUCUCGCACGGCAGCGGAUGGGACCCUUCUGUGAGCUUCUCUGCCUUAAAGCUGUGCCCCCUUGUUUCAGCUUUGCCUGCUAUUUUAAUAAGGGGCUUGCUGUUUUUACUUCUGGCUUUUGUGUUCCCGGCAGAGGCAGGUUUGAGAAGCCAUGCUCUGUUUGAUGUGAUGAAGGUCCAUAAAGACAAGCUGGAAAUUUGGCCCCCAUGGCUACGUGGGGCUGAGGGGCCUUCUUUGGGUGAAUAAAGGAACUUAAGUCCUCACCUCUAGUGGGAAUUAGGUAUUUUUGUCAGGAUAAAUAGCUUUAGGCCUCUCUUUUCCAAUAUUACCUAGCGUCUUGAUUUGAUUUGUGAAGUCCAGGCCAGUUUGUCUUCACUACUACUGUGAUUAAAAAAAAAUAAAUAAAAAAAAAAGUAGGUUUGUUCCUCUUUUAAAAAAAAAAAAGAAAACAAAUCGCUUAGCAGUUCUGAAUCCUUUCACUUACUAACUUGUCUCAGGACAUGCAUUGGAACUAUUAACUAACUGCAAUAAAAUUACCUCAGUGUAAGGGUGUCAGUUGCUGUCUACCUUAAGUAUAAAAGACAUGCCAUUUGAAGAAAUACUGCUACAGUAUCUUUUCUUUGUCUUGGAUUACCAAACUAGAAUGCAUAUGAAAAACUGAAUUGCUUUCCAUGAUUUAUGUAAUUAAUCUGCUUGCUUUUAAUUUAGAUGUUGUUCCUGUGCCUGCUAAGUCAUUAGCUCAGGAUUAGACUUGACUUUGAAACUCUGAAAAUGGAUGAUAGUGAUUUUGUUCUAGCUGAUGUUUGUCUUCAGCUUUGACCUCCAUUACUAGGGUUGCAAAAACAUGGAGAGAGAGGGGGAGAAAUGCAUACAAAAAUCACAGAAGAUGUGAAGUUUUCACUGUAUGUUAAAAGCAGAUCUAUUUUUUUUUCCACAUUAGACUUUUUAAAAAGUAUUUUCUGGCCAAAUCUGAAUGUUGAGAUUAAAUUAACCAGCAGUGUCUUCUUUAAAUGAGAAGUAACCUUGAAGUUUGGGAAUGCACUUCAUUUACCAUGUUCUAGGAAAAGUUUGCAUGUACUUUGAUAAUUUUCUAAAAAUAAAUUUAGUAACUAAUUAAAUACCAGUAAAGAUCUUUAAAAAAAAAAAAGGAGGGGAAAAAGCCAUAUUAGUAAAAAUGUGAUGUACGUACUUGCAGAUCUAUCUAUCUUGUGAGUAAAAAAUGUUCAAAUUUGGUGAAAUUACUUACAUUGCAUAAUUUUUCUUUGAAAUGAAAUUGAAUUUCUGGAUGAGAUGAGAUACAUUAUUGUAGGCAUUAAAGAUUAUACCUAAUGCAAAUGCUUGCCAUCUUCAAAUUCUUUGGGGUCUUCCUAGUGUUUUUAAUAUGCAAUGUUCAAAACCUGUGUUUCAGCUAGUCAUGGCAGCACUUUGUUUCCAAAAGAAGGGUUUAACAAAAUGACCUUUAAUUGAGAAAGACUUGGAUGGUCUUUAUAUGAUGUUUCAAUUGGGUCAAAGUAGUCUUCUGGUUAGGUUCUGCUCCACUGACCACGUUAGAUGUGCCUCAGCACUGAAGAUCAUUGCUUCCGAUACACUGUGUGGCUAUCUCUUACCACAAAAUUCCAACGCCUGAUUUAUUUUAAAUACCUUUGGUCUUUUCGAAUGUAUGUACAGUUGUGUGGCUUGUAUGAUUUCUUUUUGCCUGUGUUAAAGCAAUUGCUUAUUUAUGGCAUACAUUGGUUUCCUAUUGGUUUCUUAUUCUUCAGCUCCACUUCUUGCAAUCUAAGACAGACCUGUAGGGAUUGUAGGUUGCAGGCUGCAGAGCUUCAGCAAGUGGCAUCCCAGAAAGUUUCUCUGUUUUGCUGGUAACACUGUUAGAAGAGAACACUCGUUUCUUAGUUUGUGUAGUUAAAUGGUGUGCACAUAAGGUAUCUGUAAAAUGGUCAGAGCUUGAUAUUCCUGAGAGACUCAGGUUGAUGACUCGAGGGGGGAGGGUAGGGGUAUUUGGGGUUUCUGCCUUUGUCACCCUCAGGCAGCCUGUCGCCAAAGAGAGAAGGUUUUCCUGAUGGGUUUAAUGUAACGUGAGAACCGGGCUGGACCUUAUUGCUUGCAAUAUUAUUAUUUGCCCAUAAUGUUUAAAUACAUCUUCAGGUAACCAUUUGCCUUAUAGCUAUCUUCCAUUGUUAGGAAAAUUAUCAAUUGACUAAAACAUGUUGUUAUCUGUCAUUUAUAUUAUGUAGUAUUACCUUGUAAGGUAGAUGCUUAGCUGGUAUAAAUUGUCACAGCUUUGUCUGGAGCUGUGACAAUUUACACCAGCUGAGAAUUUGCGCCCUGUGUCCUAUGGCACUUUAUUACGGACCCAUCGCUGAUGGGUUAAAUCUUAAUUACUUGCGUAAUGUCAUAUAUAAAUAUAUAUAUAUAUAUUUACAGGCAUUCUAUGGGGUACUGCUGCCUAUGGAUAAAGAUUUGUACCCUAACCAAGUCAUUAUAUAAUUUUUUCAUUAGCUGUACGUGGAGAAGAUAAUGUUUCAUAUGUAUCUCAUGUAGUGCAUAUUAUAAUGCUGUAUGUUAUUAAUUUAAGAAAUCAUUAUUCUUGAGGCCCUACCUCAAAUUUUGUAUUUAUGUGUACAAAUGCAAUUUAUUGUAUUAUAUAUUUGCCUAUUAUAUUUGGAUGUGAUAAAUUAAAAUUAUUCGAUAAUGUAUGGGCUCUAAAGACUCUAAAUAAAUGUGUUUAAAACAGA